AUGACCGCGAAUUACAACUACCCCUUAAUACGCCCCAGGCCACGACGCGGCCUGUCGCUCCUAUGCGUCAUUGCAUGCCUUUCAUGUAGUUUGAUCUUGACCAUCUGGUAUGGCAUGAACUCCGACCGCGACUACAUCCACCCCGUCCUCACCCAACUCAUCCCUGCCGGCCAUUGUGCCUGCCAAACAUCCACCACAUUUCAAUGCUCCACCUGUCUCUCCUGCCCCGAAACAGGGCUUCAACAACCCACCACUCCAUCUCCCAGCUGGCAAUGGGAUUACCCGCGCGAUGCUCCAAAUGAGGCCUUCGACCAGACGCAAUGCCAGGCCGCCUUCCCGGGUCUCUUCGAGGACGUGGCGCGAGGCGAGCGCCACUGGCGUGCGCAUGGUCGCCUUGCUACGGAGGACCUAGACGAGAUCCAUCUCCAGCACGGAAUGGCGCGCGCUUUCAUUUCGCGAGGCCAUUUACAUGUGGUUGCGGCGCGCGCGAAGGGCGAAGACCAUCGUCGCAAGAUCUUGGGGGUGCUGAGUUCGAUCCACCGUGCGCUGGCCGCGGAUCGAGAACGGGUUUCUAAACGCGACAUUGAGUUUGUAUUUUCGGUGGAAGAUAAGGUAGAGGAUGUCACAAGUCCUGAUUUGCCCGUCUGGGUCUUUGCUCGCACCCCAACGGAACAGGGAGUUUGGUUGAUGCCAGAUUUUAGUUUCUGGGCAUGGGAUAAUCCGAACAACUACAUUGGGCCAUUUGACCAGGUCGUGGAUCGGAUCCAGCGGUUGGAUAUCCCCUGGGACGAUAAGAAGCCCCAGCUGGUGUGGCGUGGAAAACCGAGUUUUGCUCCGAAGUUGCGUAGGGCGCUGAUUGAAGCGGCCCGGGAUCAAACAUGGGGGGAUGUGAAACAAGUGGAGUGGGCCACCGGCACUAACGUGCUCAGGAUGGAGGAACACUGCCAUUAUAUGUUCAUCGCACAUGUUGAAGGACGUGCGUACUCUGCAUCUCUCAAGUAUCGACAAGCCUGCAAUUCAGUUAUUGUCGCCCAUAAACUGCAAUACAUCCAACAUCACCAUUACCUCCUCGUUGCCGACGGGCCAUACCAGAACUACGUCGAAGUGGAACGCGAUUUCAGCGACCUCUCCGAAAAGAUCGAGCCCCUAGUCGAGAACACAGAAGCCGCACGCCGUAUUGCACAGAACAGCGCAAGGACUUUCCGCGAGCGAUACCUGACACCAGCUGCCGAGGCCUGCUACUGGCGUGCACUGUUCCAAGGUUACAGCAACGUGUGGAACAGUACCGUGAACCCAUGGUCCGAAGACUAUGGUAGAGAGCGCGGCUUGCGAUAUGAAUCCUUCGUAUUGCUCGAGAGUUCGCGCAUGUACGAAUUCCGAGCGGACAUCCUGCCAUAUGGCGCUGCAUAG